AUGAUUGGAGGGUGGAAAAACACACAGACAUUUUUCGCAAAAUGUAAUAGAUUCGACACUGUGGAAAAGAAAUGGGAAGAAAUCGCUGAUAUGCAGGAAGAAAGAGGUGGCCCUUUUGGGGUGGCCACUCGAGAGAAAAUCUUCGUCGCUGGAGGGAUAAACAGUAGAAUAAGAUUAAAUACUUCCGAGGUGUAUGAUAUUUCAACUAAUGAAUGGCAACUUUUUCAAUGCCUAAACGUUCCUCGUUAUUAUGGUUGUAUGGUACAACUGAAUGGAAAGCUGUACGUGCUGGGUGGAAUGAAAAAGGACAAACAAAAUGAACUGUGUGUUGAAUACUUUGACACUGCUGAGGACAAAUGGAUUCAAAAGACAACCAUACCCGUGAAAAGCAUCUCUGGAGCAGAUAAUUCGUUUAUCGGAUGUGUAAUGAGGCUUUCCAAAGGAGCCCUAGACGAACUAAGUGUUAUAGAUGUGUAGUCUCAAAGUCAAUUUACGACUUUAGCAAUGCUGACAAUGCACACUAUAUAAGGACUGGUCAUGGGGAGGGGGGGGGAUGGGGGUUGAAGAAUUUGGUAGUGUUACGACUUAAUUUACCUUUCCCCCUCUGGUAGUCAAUAGGCAGUCAUUUUUCUAUAGUCGCGUCUUUAUGCUCUGUUGGUGAUGACUAAUACCUCCUCCGUUCUCCUUGAAAACGAUGUGAUCCAAACCCCCCCCUCCUCUCGGACCAUAAGAAAUAUCUGGGUCCUUUAGUAUAAGAUUUGACUCAAGUAAAAAGUUGAAGUCCUUAAGCGUUUGUCAAAUUCAAUCAAUAAUUCCAUUGAUAAUAAUUAAGAAGCAAAUGCUUCACAACCAAGAAUGGAACUCGUAGUACAGGGGAGAAAUUGUAGAAAUAGCAAUUGUAAAAUAAACUAAAGGUUUCUUGUGCCUAAUUAUACUACAAAAAAAUACAAUUAAAAAUGCCGAUUUGUGCGACAAAAACAAAAAUCGAAGAUAUAGAGUGUUUUGCCUGAUUGAGUUUCAAUUAUUAUGUCACAACUAUUAUUGGAACCGCAAAGGACCUCUGAGCCGAGGGUAGCAUGAUCCCGUUUCCCGCAAAAGUUUUCGAAAAGCAGACGCGUCUUGAGGUUUUCACUUAACGGAAGAAGAACUUCACGGGUCACGUAUACUUCAGGAGGCAAAUCACGCCUCAGGCUGGUUCACAAAUUCACGCAAGAGAAUAUAAACUUGUAUUCUCUUGAUUCACGUACGUAGCACACUCGCCUUUCUGCAAAAAUUGGCGCGUCACAUGAAUUUUGGCAUCAAUCACGCAUCUCGUUAACCAUUUGCCACCAUCUGAGCAGUUUUUUACAAUUCUCAAAAUUUUUGUCGAUUUUGGCUAGCAUGUAUUCUCCUUUCUUUCAAGUUCAAGUCAUAUUUUGUUUAUUGAGUGGUGCCAGGGUUCAUGCAAAUCAUAGAAAUCCUGGAAAAUCUUAGAAUUCCAUCUCUCACGGGCAGGAAGAUCUUUAUUUCACAAUUUGAGAAAAUCCGGCGGCCACUUAAUUUGUGGUCAUUUGGGCGAAUCAAAGCAUCAUCGAACCCUAACUUGGUAACUAAGUCGGUUCGAAGGAUUUAAAGUGCAAGCCCGACGGUUUGAAAUAAGUGGCCGAUAACACUAAUGGUAAAAUGCUGUGAUCAGUUGUUCUCUUUUACAUCCAAUCAAGAUACAGAGAUAUAAGAGUUUUUUAAUCGCUGGUCAGGAAUAAACUUUAAUUCGCUUAGAUUCUCCCGAGGUGGCUGUGGUAAAUGGAGGCAUUUAUGUUGUUGAAUUUGGAUACGAUUCGAUGGAAACUGCUGUGAAAAGAUACGAUGCGAAGUUGUGCGCAUGGGAUACACUUCACUUAUUUGAUGAAUUGUGUGGAGAAAAAGCUUGUAAUGUUGCUGCUGGCAGCCAUCUGUAUAUCCAUCGCUAAGGCUGAGAGAUUUGACACCAUGGAAAACAAAUCACAUGAAAUUGCAGACAUGCUGGAAGGAAGAAACGAUGCUUUUGGAAAAGCUUCUUAAGAGAAAUCUAUGUCACUGGAGGAUUCAAAAUGGGGAAAAAUUGAAAACUUGUGAGAUUUACGAUGCGUCAGCAAAUGAGUGGCAACUUAUUGCAAGCCUAAAUGUUUUACAUUAUCAUGGUUGUAUGAUUUGUUUGAAUGGAAAGCUGUUCGUACUGGGUGUAAGAAAUGAGAGAAACCAAAGUGAACUGAGUGUUGAAUGUUUUGACAGUGCUAGGGACAGCUGGAUCCUCACAGAAAAAAUACCAGCGACAAAUUAUAUAAACCCGUCGAUUGGCUGCAUUCUUAGACUCACCAGAAAACUGCUAGGCAAACAUAAGGUUCUUGGGUAGUAGUCCCUCAAACACUUUAAAGCACUGACAUAAGGAAGCUUUUUAAGCUUAAAAGUAUGAGGUUAACGACAACAGACGAGCCUACGAUAGAAUUUAAAUCUGGAAGUUAAUAACGUUCACUGAAGAAAUAAAUCGAAGAUCACAGUUACCAAUUGAUCACAAUUGCUGUUUUACAUCACCAAAAAGCAAGGAAAAAGCUUUUAAAUACAACUGAGUAAAAAUCACAUGUAGUUGUAAUCUCACUCACUCACUCACCCAUGCCCAUUAUGCCGUGUGACAUGUAGGGCGGGUACGAAGAUUCGCCAAGUCUGUCGGUUCCGGGCCAGCUUCUGAAUGGUACCCCAAGUGUGUUGCAUGGUCUUGAGCUCUACUUCCACAGUUCGGCGCCACGUGUUUCUUGGUCUUCCCCUCGUGCGCUUUCCUUCAGGUGUCCAGUGAAGGGCUGUGCGAGUGAUGUUGUCCUACUCUCUUCUCAUGACGUGCCCAAUCCAUCCCCAUCACCUUCGCAUGAUGAUGGUCUCCAUGCUGUCUUGAUUGCAGCGGGCAAUCGAGUAGCUGUUGGUUGGAGAUGGUGUCAGGCUAAAAGAUUUGCACGAUUAUCCUGAGGUUCUUUAUGUGGAAGACUGACAGCUUGGUGAUGUCGCUCUCUGUCAUCCUCCAUGGAGUUAUAAUGCAUGUUUAUAAUUGAAUCUUUUGUACAAAUCUCACAUUUGCUCAUUUCUAAUUUUUUAGUGGAUUUGCAAUCCUUAAGAACUCUUCUUUUAUUCGCAGCUCUGUUUUAAUAUAGAUUUGCGAUGCGAGUUGAAGCGAAAUUUACGUGAAAUUCCCGGGAAGGAAGAUUACCGUUCAUAACUCAAUAGUUGUGCUAAAUUUGAGCCAAGGUUCUCCUUCCUUCCUCAUCUUUGCGCCCUCUGCACGUUUGAACAAUUAAAAUUAGUAUAUCUUUUUAUAUAUUUCUUUCCGGGAAUAUGUCUUUAGGAUAUUUUCUCAAAAUAGUUCAGCUUCUGUCUUCAUCUCUGUCUCUCAAGAUUCUGGCUACAGCCCUUUCGGGUCCUCUUAGGGCUAUACGUUAUGUUGGCUAAUCGUCCCCAAUGUCUUCAGGGGGACUCGGAAAAAGAAAAUCAAGGGGGCUCAUGGAAAACUGGGAACCAGCUUUGCAGCUUUCGGUAUUUUUGCUGAGUAUUCAACAAUAUCAGAAAUGUUUGAGCAGAAACUGCUCACAGUAACAAGGAAAUUCUGUAAAAUAUGGAAGAUAUACAGCUUAUCUUAGCCGCUUGACAGGGGCCUUUCUGUGUGGAACUGAUGAAGCGCCUCAACAUUCAGCGAAAACAAGAUUAUUUGUCCGACAUCACUUUGGUUUCGAGAGACAACGUAGAAUUUAAGGCCCACAGAAAUGUGCUUUCCGCCGCAAGUCCGUACUUUGACAAACUUCUUCAGGGUAACAUGAAAGAGAAUCGAAAAGGGAUCGUUCCGCUUGAGGAGAUUUCAGGAUCUGUUCUGGAAGAUGUUUUGGAAUUCAUCUACACUGGAACUGUGGAUGUGACCCAAGAGAAUGCCGAGGAACUGAUCGCCGCAGGAAAUUAUCUGAUCAUACCGAGCUUGAAAACUAUUUCAGGGCGGUUUUUGGAACGAGAAAUGUCAUCUAUAAACUGUAUUUCAACCUUUUACCUCGCUGAGAAAUAUGAGUGUGACGAGCUUAUCACCAACAGCAGGCGUUUUUUUCAUGAAAACAUCGUUUCCGUGGCAAAACUAGAUGAAUUUUUGCAGUUGGAAGCUAAAGAGAUCGAGAAGUGGAUUUCGUCCGACGAGAUUACAGUCAAUGAGGAAGCUGAUGUUUUUAGAAUCAUAUUAGACUGGAUAAACCACAGAAGGAGUGAGCGAAAAACAGCAUUUGAAGAACUGUUUGGUCAUGUUCGACUCGGUUUUCUGUCGCGUGACUCUUUGGAGGAUGUCGUGACAAACGAACUGGUGCGUGAGAACUUCGCUUGUGUUAAGUUGGUGAUGGAUGCAACCGCACAGAUGUCUAGCUUUGUUAAUGAAGAUGAUUUUCUGCAAUCACCAAGAAGAUGUCUUGAUACCCGUGUCAUUGUAGUUCGUGGUGGCAAGUACACUUUUUGUUAUAUUCUUAGAGAAGACUUGUGGAAGCGCCUACCAGAUGGUCUGAAGGACGAAAACGACUGGAACAAUCGGAUGAUAAAAUUUCGUAACCAGUUGCUCACUUUUACCAAAGAUCAAAUUUCAGAGAGAUACGAUCCUAUUUUUAACAUUUGGUCUGAGCUUAACUUGAGAAAAGAUCGUGCAAAGUUUGCCGUUCUUAAAGGAGAAAUUUAUGCUGUUCAUCUUGACUACCAUUGUACGAGAACUGUCACAGAGAGAUACAACGUAAAGCGGUAUGCUUGGGAGACAAUUCAUCCAUAUCAUGAACUGUGUAGAUGGGAUGCUUGUGUUAUUGCAGCCGGCAGCCAUCUGUAUGCGUUUGGUGGGAACAUUCCACACUCAAGUGACUACGUUGCCAUAGCUGAGAGAUUUGACACUGUGGAAAACAAGUGGGAGAGAAUUGCAGAUAUGUUGGAAGGAAGAAGCUACGCUUUUGGCGUGGCCUCUCGAGAAAAAAUCUUUGUAGCUGGAGGAGAAAACAUGACAGGAAGAUUAAAAACUUGUGAGAUGUACAAUACGUUAACAAACGAAUGGCACCUUGUUGCAAACUUGAAAGUCCCACGCUGUUAUGGUAGUAUGGUUUGUCUGAACGGAAAACUGUACGUACUGGGUGGAGAAAGUCGCUACACCCGAAGUGAACUAAGUGUUGAAUGUUUUGACCCUGCAAAUGACCAAUGGAUCCAGGAAACAACCAUACCAGUAACAAACAUUGACCCAGAAAAUAACGACAUAUUCACUGGCUCUGUUCUGAAGCUUUCAAGAGAAUUACUAGACAAACUUAUGAUUGUUGAGCAGUAGUCUCUCUGACACUUUACAGCUUUAUAAGAAUUAGUCAUGUUGUUCAUAGCAGACAGUUGGCACAGCCAUUUUUUUUAUUACCUUAAUUUAGAAGCUCGCCCAAGGAAAGGCUGGGUUAAAUCAAAGGUCCCCUCUUAUUAGUCACCGUUUACUUUGAACCUUAUACUUAAAACUCUCUCUGGGAGGGAAAACAAGCGUGAGUUGUUUUUCUUCUAAAUUAGAACUAGGAUCCUCCUGUCAUCCUAAUCUUUGUACCCUAUGCCCUUUUGCUUGCGUUUAUAUUCAAUCAGGGACCAAUAAUUAAUUAUUACUCGGGCCAACAGAGGGAUUUUGGGGGAUUAAACCUUUAACUCCCAAGAUCUGAUUGUCAAUUCUCCCUGCUUGCUGCUACACAUUUUCCUGUAAAUUAGUUACAGGAAUUUGCCGUUACAUCAAGAUAGCAACUUUUACCUGAUAAGUUUGAGUAUCCUCAUUAUAUUUAGCUGGAUAAUGUAUGAUUCAAGGGUGACAUUGUAAGGAGAUAUUAGAUGCUAAUCACUCUUGGGGAUCAAAGGGUUAACUUUGUAAAAUUACUUCAAUGCAUGUAAGAAAAUAGUCAUUUAUUUAAAGAAUGACAUAUAAGAAAAUUGUUCUAAGCACAAAACAGAGAAGAGCUAGUUGUGAGGGCUUGAGCCCCACCCAGUUACAAUUUCACUGUCAGAUUUUAUUCUAUCAGCUGAGCUGCAUAAAAGUAGUUGGUGACCCAGGCCACUAAAUGUUAAGUAAAUAUAAAGAGAAAAAUGUUGUGUUUUGACCACUUGGAUUAUAAGAUGAAAUGUACAGACUGAAAGCUCUCUCCAUAAACACUCCCCUAAAAAAAUGCAGUAUACAAUUAUCAAACGGAAGCUUUUACAGGCUUUCAAAUACAAGUGCAUGUAUAUUUUAUACUGAAAUGCUACCAGUCCAAAUAAACAGCUAACUCAUAGUAUAACCAAUCCCAUAGCAUAUUUGAGCCUUUUUGUUAUGCCAUGUGUCUUUACUUCUGAAAUUUUUCAUCGGGUUGGGAGGAAGGGGGGCAAAUCAAAUGAUAAUUUGUGAGAGGAUUUGGCUAUUUACUGGGUUCAUGAGUGACAGGUAUCCUGUAUUCAGUAAUGGUUAUAAUGUAUUUUUAUUUUAAGGAUGUUUCUAUAACAAGCUUAAUUCAAGUGGGCUUGCUUAAUUUAACCCUUAAACUCCCAAGGUCUGAUUGUUCAGUUUAUCCUCUAGUUACUACAAAUUUCCUUGUAUAUUGGUUAUGAGAAUUUGGUGUUAGAUCAAAAGAACAACUUCAACCUGAUAAGUUUAAUUAUUCCCAUUACCAAUUUGCUAGAUAUUGUGUGGAUAUUAUAGGGAGAAAUUACAUGUUAAUCACUUUUGGGAGUUAAAGGGUUUAGCAAAAAGUAAGUCAGAUGGGAUACUAAUCCUGGAUCAAAUAAACUGACUUUUUUUGAUUGAGCAAAACCUAAUUAACAUUUGUGAAAAGAAAACUCUACAAAAUUGUGCUAAAGUAAAACAUGCCAAUAGUGAGCACUAUUUCUAUUGUUUAUAAUUAGCAUUUUUAAAUUACAAACUUCAAUUCCUCUUUCUAGAAGUUCUCAGAUGUGUCAAGAUGAGUGAUGCUAGUACAAAUAUUUCCAAAACACUGGCUACUUAAAAAAACAGAAACAAAAAAAUUAAUAUAAAAACAAAAAUUAAAACAUUUAGUUUUAGGAAAGAAAAAUAUUUUUUAACUUAUCAAGGAUUUGGUCUCUAUGAGAGAAAAAAAGGCCAAGUCUUGUUGUUCUCUUGGCAUAGCAACAUUCUGCAGGGAAAAUUCAAUCGUUUUCCAUCUUGACUCAAGUUGAUGGGAAAGUUCAGUCAUUGUUCUAUCUACGGGUAACCUUACCUAUCUUUGAUCCAGGGGAUUCUAUUACUGUCACAUAUUGUUUUUUCAGUGCAUUUUCUUGAGGUUAUUUUCUUUCAUUUGAGUACAGUUUAUGCCCAGUUAUUAACUAACUAAAUCCUCUUCUUCUGGAUCAGCAAGAUAAUCCAAUACUCUUCUGGAGAACCUUAGCACACAGCCUUUAAAUGCCUGUUCAUUCUUCCCAUCCUCCUUCACUGGUAUGGUUGUCUUCACAAUCUGCUUGCCUUGUUUAUAACAAUCAACUGAAUGUUCUGGGUUUUUCUUGGUUUGGUCAAAGCCACCCAGCACAUACAAUGUUCCACAAAGACAAAGCAUGUUUACCAUGUGUGCUGUAAACAUUCAAGUUUGCAGUUAACUGCCAUUAAUUGGUGGAAAUGUCUAAGCAUGUCUGUGAUUUCUUCCCAUUUCUUUUCCAUAAUGUCAGAUCUGUCAGCUUUUAGCAGGUAUUCUGAGAAAUAAGGAAACUAUAAAAAAUCAAUGAACAAAAACUAAAUUUUUCUUAAACAAAAAUCCGAAUGUAAAACAGACAAGAGAGAAAACACUUGACACUUAAAAAGUGAGAGUUAACCUUUCGAUUACACUUUAGUUAAUAUGCACUAUGAUAUGGACGAGCAGUAAAUAUUUUGGCCUCCUAGACAGAUUUUAUUGUACAGGUAGGAUUAGUUUGAGCAUUAGUUUAUUUUUCCAAAGAAAGAAUUGUCACUGGUAAGUAAAGGUAUAAGAAACUUUUGAAUACAGCGAACCAAUGGUCUUCCAACGGGCCAGUAUUUCGAUCUGUAAAUCCUGCACUCUUCAGGGCCAGAAAUUUUUUGGGCGACCUUUGCCUGUAUCAUUUUACGUGAAAUCUUUUUUUGGAAAUAGAGGCCAAGUAUGAGACCACAACUAUUAUCUAGUCCCCAGCGAACCACGGCCAAGAGACUCGGAAAGUAAGACGGAAAACUGGGAACACUUAGACUUCAGCUUUCUAUCUUUUCCAUGUUUUUUUUCAUUAUCAGCUACAUUUAAGCGGAUUCUACUCAAGGAAAGUAAAUGAUGGAAGAUAUCCAGCCUAUUUUAGUUGCUAAACAAGCUUCAAUCUGUGUGGAAUUGAUGAAGCGCCUCAACAUUCAGCGAAAACAAGAUUAUUUAUGUGACAUUACUUUGGUGACGAACGACGACAUAGAGUUUAAGGCUCACAGAAAUGUUCUUUCCGCCGCAAGUCUGUUCUUUUGCAAGCUUCUUCAGAGCAACAUGAAAGAGAAUCGAGAAGGGAUUGUUCGGUUUGAGGAGAUUUCAGGAUCCGUUAUGGAAGAUGUUUUGGAAUUCAUCUACACUGGAACUGUGGAGGUGACUCAAGAGAAUGCCGAGGAACUGAUCGCCGCAGGAAAUUAUCUGAUCAUACCGAGCUUGAAAACUAUUUCAGGGCGGGUUUUGGAACGAAAAAUGUCAUACGCGAACUGUAUUUCAACCUUUUACCUCGCUGAGAAAUAUGAGUGUGACGAGCUUAUCACCAACAGCAGGCUUUAUAUUCACGACAACAUCGUUACCGUGGCAAAACUGGAUGAAUUUUUGCAGUUGGAAGCUAAAGAGAUCGAGAAGUGGAUUUCGUCUGACGAAAUUACAGUCAAAGAGGAAGCUGAUGUUUUUAAAAUCGUAUUAGACUGGGUAAACCACAGAAAGAGUGAGCGAAAAACAGCAUUUGAAGAACUGUUUCGUCAGGUUCGACUCAGUUUUCUGUCGCGUGACUGUUUAGAGGAUGUCGUAACAAACGAACUGGUGCGUGAGAGUUUCACUUGUGUUAAAUUGGUCAUGGAUGCAACCGUACAGAUGGCUACCUUUGUUGAUGAAGAUGAUAUUCUGCAAUCACCAAGAAUAUGUCUUUAUACACGUGUCAUUGUAGCUCGUGGUGGCAUGUACACUUAUUGUUAUCUUCCUGAAGAAGACCUCUGGAAGCGCCUACCAGAUGGUCUGAAGGAGCAAAACGCAAGUUCAACUCGGAUGAUAAAAUUUCGUGGCCAGUUGUUCACAUUCACCAAUGAUCAAAAUUCAGAGAUAUACGAUCCUGUUUUUGACGUUUGGUCCGAGCUGAACUUGAGCGCAAAUUCUGCAAAGGUGGCUGUUCUUAAAGGAGAAAUUUAUGCUGUUGAAGUUGACAACUUUUGUAGGAAAACUUCCACGAAGAGGUACAAUGUAACGCAGUAUGCAUGGGAGACAAUUCACUCAUAUCAUGAACAGUGUAGACUGGAUGCUUGUGUUAUUGCAGCCGGCAGCCAUCUGUAUGCGUUUGGUGGGAACAUUCCUCAAUCAAGUGACUACGUUGCCAUAGCUGAGAGAUUUGACACUUUGAAAAACAAAUGGGAGAGAAUUGCAGAUAUGCUGGAAGGAAGAAGCUGCGCUUUUGGCGUGGCCUCUCGAGAAAAAAUAUUUGUAGCUGGAGGAGAAAACAUGACAGGAAGAUUAAAAACUUGUGAGAUGUACAAUACGUUAACAAACGAAUGGCAACUUGUUGCAAACUUGAAAGUCCCACGCUGUUAUGGUAGUAUGGUUUGUCUGGACGGAAAGCUGUACGUACUGGGUGGAGAAAGUAAUUUAAACCGAAAGGAACUAAGUGUUGAAUUUUUGCACCCUGCAAACGACCAAUGGUUCCUCCAAACAACCAUACCAGACCUCGACCCACAAAAUAAUUCAUUCACUGGCUGUGUUCUUAGGCUUUCUGAAGAAUUACUGAACCGACUUUCUAAUUUUAGAAAUUACUAGACAAACUUAUGAUUGUUGAGCAGUAAUCUCUUUGACACUUUACAGCUUUAGAAUUAGUCAUGUUGUUCACAGCAGACAGCAGACACAGCCCUUCGUUUUUUAUUACCUUAAUUUAGAAGGUCGCCAAAGGAAAGGCUGAGUUAAAUCAAUGGUCCCUUCUCAUUAGUUACCGUCUGCUUUAAACCUUAUACUUUAAACUCUCUCACCAGAGAUAGCAUGUGUAGUCAUGUUUACAGCACUGGACUUCUAAGUCUUUAGGCACCUUUCACACUGAAAGCUUCUCAAGUCCAAACCGUAGCAUUGCUUGAAUGGACAUAGGGGCGUACUAGGGCCUGAGAGAGUAAAAUCGGCAAAAGUUUUCCUCUAGACUUUGUCCUAUUUGAAUGAAUUUCCUUCAAAUCCAGAAACCAAUAAGAAGUCAGGUUUGAAGAAGAGAAACGGGAAGCAGAUUAGUGAAUAACAGUAAAAGUAAAAUUGCUAUCUUAUUCAUAAAAACUGAAAAACAUUGUCAACUUAAAGGAAGAUCCUGAAACGGCUCGGAGUUCCAACCUCAAAGACGCGAUGAUUUUAAGUGCCUGCAUAAUUUGGAAAACAUGUCUUAAAUUAAUAGAACUAAAUCCAUUAAACCAGAAAGCCUUAAGGAAAAUAAUUUUCUCAAUGCUUAGUGGGGGGAGGUGGGGAUGGGGGGGGGUUUGAAGAUUUUGGGAGGAUCACAUGGUUUCUGGGGAAACGGAGGGGAAAGCAGUCGUUGUUAAGAAAGUGUAAGGGAUGGACUGGAGAAAAUUGACAGACAACUAACUUCCAAUGAGGGUAAGGGGGAGGGGUGGGUGGGUGUAUCAUGAAAAUAUUUAAGAGCCUUAUGGGAGCAUUAGGUAAAAUUAUCGUGACACAACCAAAAUCCACUUAACAACGCCCCAACCCUCCCCUGAGCGAUAAAUAAUGACCGGUCCUCUAUGAUUCGCUCCACUCUUUCACCGAGUCUGAAUGCUGGUGAACACGUGACUUGAAGUGGCUCUUGCCAUGAUCCGUUCAUAGGCCGAGUUUUGUUUGAAACAAUAUUGGAGUAGUUUCUUUCCACUUCAUACAAUAGAAUUAGAUGUUAUGAUUGGGGAGAAUUAAUAUUAGGGAGCCAAGAUUUGGGGGAAGGUAUCGUUUGGCUGACCACGGAGAAGAAGAACAAUGGUUUUAUGGCAUUGAUCAAUGUCAGUGUCUGAGCAACUGUGCACCUACCCCUCCCCUAACCCAACAACAGUCAACUGAUAGCAAGUUAGGGUUAAUGUUGGGUUAGGGUAGGGGAGGGGAGGGGUAGGUGCACACAACCAACUACAUUAUUCGAGAUUACAUUAUUGCAUGAUAAUUUCCUUCUUUCACAACUAACUUAGUUGAAGAAAACAAACCCUAGGAGAACAAAAGAACUUUAAGAGGUUGACAAAAUAAUUAUGGCCCUUCAUCAAGAUAUCGUAACAGUUUUUCAAAUUUUUCCGAACUUUUUUAAUAAAAACUUUAGGAUCGUGUUUUACAUCAAAUUGUAAAAUUAUCCAAAUAAUUUUGGCUAAAAUGAAAUCCUUCACCAAGAUAUCGAAGUAACAGAUUUUUCAGAUUUUUCCGCUCAAGAUACAUUGCCUUUAGAUUAGGAAGGAUUUUCCUUUUUUUUCAUUCAAUUUUGUGGUUAGCUUUUUUCAUUUCAAAUUUUUUAAGUAAUGCUCUCAAACGCUCUCCAACGGUACAUGUGUUUCUCGCAUUUUAAGUACGGUUGUUCGAGACCGAUUAUGGCCGAGAAAAGGCUUAUUGUUGCGUUACACAGCGUUACUAUUAUAUUCUCAAUUGUGUUGUAAAUCUACUUUCCUAAGUAAAAGGAAAUUAACUUAUCGCGAGUGUUGUAUGGUAAAUCUACUAACUUGAUCAUUGAAUGAAGGACAGUUGAAUUUGAGCCAUGAAUGGAAUCACUUGACCAAUGAAUAACUCUACAAUGCGCACAGCGACACACCGGGUAAGCCGGAAAGCAAAAGGUCGAUCGUUAAACGGUGUUGAUUGCUUGAGCGACUUCUGCUAUUCGCUUGCGCUUUUAAAUCUUCGAACCUGACAGCUUAGCUGUUAUUAGGGUACCCUUUAAUGACUUCCGUUUACGAUGUGAUAUUAAGGGUUAGUUUUAAGGUGUCAUUUCCCCAUCUGUAUGUUCUUGAGGUUUGGCAAAGCCGGAUGAGAUUGUGUUAAGGAAAUAAAAAACGAAUGGCUCUGUCUGCUUUCAGCUAUGAACAACAUGACUAAUUCUAAAGCUGUAAAGUGUUUCAGAGACCACUGCUUAACAAUCCUAAGUUUGACUUGGUUUGAUGCUACUCUGGUUUAAAGAUUUAAUGAAUGUAACCGAGAAGUUACAAUUCAUAGACCCAACGUUUCGACACUACUGUCUAGUGCCUUCAUCAGGGGUGAUCUAAACGCUGCAACAAGAGGUCCUUUUAUACGCUCACCAAUUAGCUGCGCUUGUUUCUGAAAGGCGUAAAUAGGCGUUAGGAAGUAACCCGCCAUCAUAACGAUUUAAAGGAGCGAGGGUGGAGUUGAUAUGCCAGGCUUCCAAACAAAGGCGCUGGUGGUAACGCCGAUUAGUGGUGAAAACUUUAGACUUAUCCCACCCAAUUUUAUGGUUGGUUACGCACGUGUGCUCCGAUAAAGCUGAAUUUUCUUUUUUGCAAAAGAAGACCGCUUUUUGAUGCUCUUUCAAACGUAAAUUUGAGAUAAUCAAAGAUUUGAAAUGGCUCUUUUAAAAAAAAAAGAAAAAUAACAAAAACAGUUCUUGUUUGAAAGUAAAGUAAAAAAGUGUCUGCGGGCCUGUGCGACUCCUGUUAUUCCUCCGUGACAAAUUCGUUGUUAGGAGGCAAUUGAAGACAUUCAGAAAGAAUCGAAACUGCAGUCUUGCCCGAGAAUCUAUUAAUUUGGCAGCAGUUUCACACACAGCAGAUGGCUGUGUGAAUAAUAUCAAAUUCGCGAGUUAUUUAACGGAGAAUCGUCCCUUGACAUGCAAACGCAUUCCAAAGAGGCAGCGACCUUCUAAUACACGAACCAUUUUCCAUGUCAUACACUUUAAAAAGGCGUCAAUACGGGAUUCGCGAAAGGAGAAGCCUUACGGCUUCUAACACCAAAUUCGUCACGCUUAACGUUUAUUAAAAAACGUACAGAGUUUCAAAUAUGCUUAAAGAAUAUAGAAUACCUAGAAUAAGGUUUUGACAAACGUAUCUUUGGAGUUAUGUUCCGCGGGAGAGACUGAUACUUAAAAAAAAAAAAUAGCGCGCACACAUGAAAAUAUUACCUUUUUUAAUCUAGAAGCUCACCUAAGGAAAGGCUGGGUUAAAUCAAAGGUCCCCUCUUACUAGUUACUGUUUUCUUUCAACCUUAUACUUUACUUUAUACUCUCACUAAAGAUAGCAUGUGUAGUCAUGUUUACAGCACAGGAAUUCUAAGUCGUUAAUUAUAAUUGUGUGUUAAGCACCUAAGUAGCAUCAAACCAUGUCCAACUUUUGAUUGUUAAGCACUUUACAGCUUUAGAACUAAUCAUGUUGUUUAUAGCAAACAGCAGGCACAGGCGUUCGUUUAUUAUUGCCUUAAUUUAGAAGCUCACCUAAGGAAAGGCUGGGUUAAAUCAAAGGUCCCUUCUUACUAUUUGCCAUUUGCUUUGAACCUUAUACUUUUAAACUCUCUCACUAAAGAUAGCAUGUGUAGUCAUGUUUACAGCAUAGGAAUUCUAAGUCAUUAAUUAUCAUUGAAUGUUAAGCACCUUUCACACUGAAUGCUUCUCAAGUCAAAACCAUAGCAUUGCUUGGCGUACCAGGGCCUGGGAGAGUAGCGUUAUACCAUUUCACGAGUCAACUUCGAGCCUGAGUCAAGUUGGUAGCCGCCAAAAAAAUUAAGAUAGAACAAACAAACCCGUUCAUAUAACGAAGUAUUCUAGUGACCUUCGUGCAGCAACAUCUCUACAUGAUUUUAAACUUAACAUACGUCACCACAGUUUUGAAUGAGUUUUAACACGGCAUCCUUAUAAAGCAGCUUUUAGUAUGUAGUUUAGGCUAGUUAGUUUAGUUAGAAAUGAUUAGUUGAUCUUGUAUCAUUUUAUAAUAUUUGCUGAAGGAUUUACCGUGUAUGAAUAAAGUUACCAUUACCAUUACCAUUACCAUCAAACCCGAAUGCCUUAAAGAAAAUAAUUUUUUUAAUGCCUAGUGGGGGAAGGUGGGAUCAAAGUUACAAAUAAAAAGGUUGACGGCAAUGUUGCGAGGAGUGUUUACAAGUUCAGAGAAAGAUGCGAUAGAAAAUGUGAAAAAGAAAACUUGACUGCACUCUUGAAACCGUAUCCAACUCUAUAAGUUACCAACAAGUUGGUUUUUCUACUCAUCCCCAGAGUCUCUCGGAGAAUUUGUAGUCUGGAGGAGGAGGCUUGGCAACGAGUUACACAACUUCCGCUUUCGAUAUCUUUCCUUAGUAUUCCGCAUCACCACAAAUAUUGGAAAGUCUCUCCUCGAUAAUAAUAGCAUUCGGUAAAAGAUGGAAGACUUACAGCCAAUGUCAGCUGUUGGGCAAACUUCUUUCUGUGUGGAAUUGAUGAAGCGCCUCAACAUUCAGCGAAAACAAGAUUACUUGUGCGACAUUACUUUGGUGACGAACGACGACAGAGAGUUAAAAGCUCACAGAAAUGUUCUUUCCGCCGCAAGUCCGUUCUUUUGCAAGCUUCUUAAGAGCGAAAUGAAGGAGAAUCGAGAAGGAAUUAUUCGAUUUGAGGAGAUCUCAGGAUGUGUUAUGGAAGAUGUUCUGGAAUUCAUCUACGCUGGAACCGUGGAAGUAACUCAGGAGAAUGCCAAGGAACUGAUCGCCGCAGGAAACUAUCUGAUUAUACCGAGCUUGAAAACUGUUUCUAGUCGAUUUCUACAAGAAGAAAUGUCUAAUACAAAUUGCAUCUCGACCUUUUAUUUCGCUGAGAAAUACGACUGUGUCGAGCUAAUCCGCAACAGCAGGAAAUUCGUCCACGAAAAUUUCGCAUCCGUAGGAGAAAUGGAUGAGUUUUUAAGCUUGGAAGCCAAGGAGGUGGCGGUGUGGAUAUCAAGUGACGAGAUUGCUGUGGAAGCGGAAGCCGACGUCUACAAGAUUAUACUUAAAUGGGUUGAACACAGCAAGAGCGAGCGAAAAGCAGCAUUUGAAGAGUUGUUUCGUCACGUUCGGCUGAAUUUCCUUUCGCGUGACUGUUUGGAGGAUGUCGUGACAAACGAACUAGUUCGUGAGAAUUUCGCUUGUGUGAAGCUGGUCAUGGAUGCUACUGUAAAGAUGGCUACUUUUGCGAGUGAAGAUGAUCUCCCGCAGUCACCAAGGAAAGGUCUGGAAACACGUGUUAUUUUAGCAUGUGGUGGCAAGUUCACUUUUUGUUAUCUUCCUGAAGAAAACCAGUGGAAGCGGCUGUCAGAUGGCUCAACCGAGAGAAAUCAGAAAACACAAAUGCUAGCAUUUCGUGAUCAGCUGUACACAUUUAAGGAGUUCAGCAAGGCAGAGAAGUAUGAUCCCGUGUUCAAUGGCUGGUCAAAGUCCGAUCUGAGAGACUUAUCAGCAGAUAGCGCCAUUGUGACUGUUGUCAAAGGGGAUAUGUACGCCAUUGAAGUUAACAAACCCGUUGGAAAGUCUACUAUCAAGAGAUACAAUGUGGAGCUUUGUACAUGGCAAACAGUUGUGGAAUCUCCCCAAGGCUGCAGGAACAGUUGCUGCGUUAUUGCAGGUGGCAGUUAUCUGUAUCUUUUAGGUGGAUCGGUCCCUGGCAAUGCUAGUUAUGUCUCUAAAGCUGAGAGAUUCAACAUUGCGGAAAGCCAUUGGGAGGAAAUCGCUGAUAUGCAACAAGGAAGAGGUGGUGCCUUUGGAGUGGCAAGUGAAGGAAAGAUUUUUGUCGCUGGAGGCUUAAACGAAAAGAACAAGGUGUCAAAAAAAUCCGAGAUGUACAAUGUCUCUACAAACGAAUGGCAUGUUAUUGGAAGCUUAAACACUUGGCGUGUGUAUGGCAGCAUGGUGUGUCUAAGUGGAACAUGCUAUGUACUGGGUGGCACCAAGAAUAAUAGGGAUAGAGUACUAUCAGUUGAAUGUUACGACUCUGGAGAAAACAAGUGGAUUGAGAAGACAUCCAUACCAGUGGAAAGGUACUUAAGUGAAAUUGAGGACACAUUCACCGGAUGUGUGAUGAAGCUCUCUAAAGGAGUACUUGAGAAAUCUGACUCUAUCAAGGAAAAGCCUAUCCGCCUUGGAUUUGGCACGCCAUCCACCAUGUCAACUCUCUUCGGCGCCUCCCCAGCCUUCACCUCAGCCAGCACUACUGGCUUCAGCUUUAACGCCUCCCCGGCCGCCAGUGCCCUCUCAGUCUUCACCUCAGCCGGCACUACUGGAUUCGGCUUUAACGCCCCCUCGGCCGCCAGUGCCUCCCCAGCCUUUACCUUAACCAGUGGCUUCACCAGCAACGUCACCGGCUUCAGUGGCGUCCAGUUAAGCCAACCAGCCGCGGCUCCUGUUCCUGUAUUCGAGUUGUCUGAUGAUGAUGACUGA